GAGAGAGAGAGAGAGAGAGAGAAUGGAAGGUUUCUCCACUUAUCACUUGGCCACCAUUUUCCUUUUCAUCUUCAACAUUGCCGGUAAAGCUCGAGGACAAGCAGCAGGAGGCCCAGCUGCGGCGCCAGCUCCAGGGCCACCACCUCCACUUAAUGUUACAGCUGUGCUGGAAAAGGGUGGGCAGUUCAGAACACUUAUUCGGCUCCUACAAUCGACACAACUCGAUGAAAGAAUCAGAGGCCAGCUUAACAAUUCCAAUGCUGGACUCACUCUAUUUGCACCCUCUGACAAUGCCUUCUCUAGCCUAUCUCCUGGUACUCUCAAUACUCUUACCAACCAGCAGCAGGUCACACUGCUCCAAUACCAUAUCAUCCCUACACUCAUCACACUAUCACAGUUUCAGACAGUAAGCAACCCUCUAAGCACACAGGCUGGGGACAGCAGCCCUGGGCAGUACCCGCUUAAUGUGACGACCGCCGGAAACCAAGUGAACAUCUCCACCGGGCUCGUUAACACUACGAUAUCUGGAACCGUGUACUCUGAUAACCAGCUAGCAGUUUAUCAGGUCGAUAAGGUGCUUCUGCCACUUGGUAUAUUCAGGCCCUCAGUGCCUGCUCCACCCCCAAAAGCAGACAAGAAUGCUUCAGCACCUACUGAGGGGCCUUCCUCGAGAGAUUCUGCAGAUGCUUCUUCCAUCAAUGAAUGGAGACCCUCCAGAUUAGGGCUUCCAUUUGCUGUCGCUGUGAGUAUCUUGUAUUGGAGCUUUUGAAUAGUUCAUGUCAUUACUCAACUUUGAAUGUCAAAAUAUGUUAUGUAAUUGAUGCCCCAUGGUUCUCGACUUCUUGUAUUUAGCAAUGGAGAGUUUUGAUUGAUAUUUGACGUACACACAUGGUCUGUAAACUAUAUGGUUUCUUUGAUUUAUUGAUUUAUAUUUGGCUCAGCGUAGU